AUGAACGCCAUUAAAUUUGUAUAUGUGCCGAGGUUUCAUUUCAGCAUUUAUAAUGAAUACCUAAAUGCUUACAGAAAGAAGAUAAACCGAAUUCCUUUCUAUAUAAGAAGAACGGCAUCGGACAAUUUACCAGUCUUUCUAAAAUACAAAAAUAACAAGAAUCUAGUCGUGACUGUCAUUAGAAAGAUUAAAGGAAAUAAGGAGAUUUUGAAAAAGGAGAUCGAAUCAAUUUGCAACACGAAUGUUAUAGAGAAAACGGAUUGCUUCUUAAUAAAAGGAAACCAUAAGAAGAAAAUAAAAGACUAUUUUAAAUAUAUCGGCUAUUGA